CGCUGGAAGGCAGAGUUGGGGAUACCGCGCCUGUCUGCCGGUUGCUUGCUAGACAUAGUUCGCUAAAAGCGCGUUUAUUAAAUUUGUAUCGGACUUAUAUAUUAAAUUUAUAAAAAAUGUGGAUUGCUAAAAAAAGAUGGAAAAAUAAAAUGUGAAGUUAUCAGUAAUUGAAAAAAUAUAUUUAGUGCUUUUUCCGAAGUUGGAUAACAUGAUAACAACCAUGACGUCAUUCAUAUUAUUAAAGACAAACUCAUUUUUAUUGAGGAUGAAUAGGGAGGAUAAUGUAAACUGGUUUCAUGGAAAGAUAUCACGUGAAACUGCUGAGAAACUUUUAAAAGAAGAGGGUGAGGAUGGUGUUUUCUUGGUUCGCGAGAGCAACACAUCACCAGGAGACUAUGUGCUCUCUGUAUUGCAUCAGGGUGAGGUAGUGCAUUAUCAAAUACGAAGACAUGGUGAAGAUGCAUUCUUUUCUAUUGAAGAGCAUACUACAGUGCAUGGUUUGGACACACUGAUACAGCAUUAUCGAGGUGACUCGAAUGGUCUAGUGACUCGUCUCUCAGUGGUGUGCAAGGGACAAGCUCCUCCGCAUGAAUCAAGAACGCAGGGAACAACAAAUCUUUUACACAGGGCUACAGAGGCAGGUGAUUUCAACGUGGUGUCACAGUUGCUCGCAUGCGGCUACCGUAACCGAGACGCAAAGAACCAAGACGGACAAACUGCCGUGCAUAUUGCCGCAAGAACGGGCCAUGAUAACAUCCUUGCCAAACUGAUUGAGAGUGGAGCUACGGUCAAUGUACGAGACUCUUUGGGAUUCACGCCUUUGCACUAUACUUGCCAGUAUAACUUACCAAGCACAACCGAGUUGUUGAUCACAUACGGCCACGCUAACUAUCAGAUGCGACAUGCGCCCACGGGUAAAGUGCCGCUACACGACGCAGCUCAGAGAGGACAUAUUGAAUGUAUUAAGGUUUUAUUAAAACUAAAAGCUCCAGCACACCCAAGAACAUUAGCUCAAGAGACACCUGCUCAAUUAGCCAAACAUUAUGGUCAUACUGAAUGCUAUCAGUUGCUCAAAAACCAUAAACCAGAACCCGCCAACACAUCCAAGAGCCAAUGGUAUCACGGAACACUCAACCGAGAAGAAGCGGUCAAGAUAUUAGAGGAGUAUUGUCGACAGCACAAUUUGCGUGACAAAGCGUCCGACGGUGUGUUCCUAGUGCGGUAUAGCGAGCGGCACACUGGGGCCUAUGUGCUGACUAUGUUUAGCGAAAAUACACCUUAUAACUUUAUUAUUAGGAAAGAGGGUGAAUGGCUGUUCAUUGACGAUGGCCCAUACUUGGAGUCGUUGGAGCGUCUCAUAGAACACUAUGGAAGCGUUCCCGACGGCUUACCCACGAGACUCACCGCGGCAGUACCGCCAAAACCUAAACCACCCUUGCCUGAGUUUUCAACGAUGCCACGUACAAAGAAGCACUCACCAAGCCGCGUGAACACAAACCAGUCAUUAUCUUUAGUGAAAAACGAUAUUUUAAAUAAGAAUACCACAUCACCGACAAACAACAACGCGUUCGAGCUUCUGACGAGGAAUUUGUCAUUUUCUUCCGAUUUCAACAAUGAUUCCAUGAAUAAUAACGAAGAAACCGAUGCGGAUACUUAUAAAGUUCCAGUAAAUAAUAGUGCAGUGACAUCUUUGGCGGAGAAUUAUAAUGAAAUUUCAAUAAAUUCAGACGGUCAGCUCUCUACCCUGCAAGAAUUCAUCCCGUUCAGCGAGUUGACGCUGGGCGCCGUGCUGGGCGAGGGCGAGUUCGGCUCGGUGCUCCGCGCCGUGUACGCCGCGCCCGACCAGCCCCCGCUGCCGGUGGCCGUGAAGACGCUGCACUUGCAGCACACGGACUCCAAUAAGCGGGAGUUCCUGGCUGAGGCCAAGCUCAUGAUGGCCCUGCGCCAUCGGUGCAUUGUACGCCUGAUUGGCGUGUCUUUGGGCCCGCCGCUGGCGAUGGUACAAGAGCUGGUGCCGCUGGGCUCGCUGCUGGAGUACCUGGUGCGGCACGCGGAGGGCGCGGGCUGCGAGCUGCGCCUGUGGGCGUGCCAGGUGGCGGCCGGCAUGCGCUACCUCGAGCGGCGCCGCUUCGUGCACAGGGACCUCGCCGCGAGGAACAUCCUACUCGCCAGCAGGCACCAAGUAAAAAUAAGCGAUUUCGGCCUAUCCCGCGCGCUCUCCACGGACAGUUCCUACUACAAAGCGAGCCGCGGCGGCAAGUGGCCCAUCAAGUGGUACGCGCCCGAGUCCUACAACUACGGCACGUUCAGCCACGCCAGCGACGUGUGGAGCUACGGGGUCACGCUCUGGGAGAUGUUCUCGUAUGGCAAACAGCCGUAUGGCGAUAUGAGGGGCACCGAGGUGAUACAGCUAGUGGAGAGCGGCGAGCGGCUCGAGCGGCCGGACGACUGCCCCGACGAGAUCUACCAAGUGAUGUUAGACUGCUGGGCCUACACGCCCGACGCGCGGCCCACGUUCAGCAAACUCGUGGACGUGUUCUCGCACCACCCGGACUACGUCAACAUCAGCCAGAUGGCGCUCGACAGCGAUGACGUCACCGUCUGACAGCUGGCGCCCGCUGGCGCGCCGCGGCUCGCGCGCGCUGUGCGCCGCCUGCUGUGCCUCUCCUGUGCGGACGAUUUCGGUGCGGCCUAUGUGUAGGGAAUUACUAGUUUCAGAGUGGAGGGUGAGUUGGAAUUUCGCAGAGUACCUAGUUAGAGUAGUUGUUUGGUAUGUGUAAAAAAAUUUAAGGUUUUUGUGGAUUUAGAGGGGUAAGUUGAGUAUUCAGUAGCUACCAAAGUUCAGUAGCUAGAAAAGUUGUAACAAUUGAAACGCUUCGGUUUUUUUGGGAGAGCUCGGCAACAUUUACAUUAAAAUACUAGAUACUUCCAGUAAAUAUGACUUCGCCGCCUAACAUCUAACGCACUGUUAGUAUUAUAUAUUAUGAUACCGUUAAAAUCCGAUUUUCAUUUUAAAACAUUAUCAUAUUUGUAGUUGUCAAAAUCUUGUUUAAACGUUAACCAUUUGUCGCUUAUCGCCAUCACGAGUAUAAAUAUUUUGAAUUAUUAAAAUCCGUACAGUGUGCAAUGUAUUCAAGAAAAAUUAAUGAUCUAUUAGAUAUAAAAAUUGCAAUAAUAAUUGAAAACCGUGUAGAGUUCGCGCCACGUAGCUGUCAACGCUUAGAAUGUAACCAGUAUUAUUUCAUUUAAAUUCCCCCUGAGUUGGGAAAAAUAGACAUGGAAAAGGGGUAAUAGAUAAAACCGCUUCAUUGUUUGUGUUGAGUAUAGAUGUUUGUUUUAUGUACGCAAAAGUAUCAAAACGAUUGAGAACAAAUGAAGCUACGAUAACUCUUUAACACUGAAUAUAGAAUGAUUAUUUAAUUUGAAAUGGCCGACCCGUCGAAUAAAGUUCCUACCUUCUCCAUCGGACUUCUUAAGUGGCGCAAACUCUAAUAGUUGGUUCAAAAAAAGCGUUAAAUCUAUUGAAUUUUAUAUUAAUUAGCAAUGAAGAAGUUGACAAAGUUAUGUGAGUAGUGAUUUAAGAUUUUCGCUUAGAGACGGGCGUAUCAGUGUAAUGGUUCAAAACACAGCGCUUAAUCGCUGUUCCGCAGUCAGCACCCUCCAAUUACUUGUGAGUGAAAUAGCUAAUGAAUGAAAAUAUUUUAUGCAGCUUAUCUGUAAGAAACAAAAUAUUUUUAAAAUGUGUCGUUGAAAGUGUAUGGUCAGUUUGAAAAAUUACUAUUUAGAUAAAUUAUAUCAAUAAUAUUACUUUGGAUAUUUUAAUGGCGUUAAAUGUUAGUUAAGAUGUUAAUUUAUAAUGGCUUAAGGCAUUUUAUAAAAUAUGACCAAAACAAUUAAUUGUAGAUGGAAUAAUUUGUAAAAAGUAGAUCUAAUAUAUACAUUAGUAAAUACGGAAUAAAUGCCUAUAUAGCUAGUUUCCCAGUAAAAUAUUUGCUUGGCAUGCUACAACGAUAUAGAUACAGAACAUUUCAAGAGUAAAAAAUGCCUUAUUUAUUCAAUUUCUGUUAAUUCAAUUUUAAAACGCGUAUAAAGAAAAUUAAAUUUCAAUCGAAAUUAUGCUCUAACUUUCUGCAUUUUAUAUUCGUCUUUAGAUAUGUUUGUAUGACAUUGUUCGUUUUAAUUGUUUAAACUGUGACGUAAUUUAAAAAAUGAUCACGCAGUGCCAAUUUCUUGCAUUUCUUAGACUUUAUAAGUUUCUCAAACAUGACACACAACUUUGCAAUGUUUUUGUAUUUAUUACGAAUGGGUUAUAAUUUAACAGGAUCUAAAAAUCUCAACAAAUGUCAGUAAUUUGUAGUGUGUGAAUGUGUUGUAUGCCUUUAUGUGCCUGACUGUAUUAAAGUAGAAAUAAUUUGUUAUAUAAGAUUUUUUUGUACAAAGUAUGGUAUAUGGACUUCCAAUACUAAAUAUCAAUAAGCAAUAAGAUUUUAUGACACAUAGGUAUCCUUCUGUAGGCUUAUUUACAAAUUUUUUAAUGCAUUUUAACGUUUUAGAUAUUCAGAUCUAAUUGUAUGAUAAUAUUUGUACAAAAUAUUGUUUUUUAUAAGAAAUAUAUUUUUUUCUAUUCAAAUGUAUCAUAAAUAUUCUGGCAAUAUAAUUUUCUCGUAUACAGAUCAGAUAUGUACUAAAUAUUAAGUCGUUAAUGCUUUUUAGUAUUAAACUAGUAUGUAAUGAAACCAUUUGAUACAAUGUGUACAUUCCUUUUUUGUAGUUUGUAGCAAAAUAAAUUAUGGAUAUACUCAUAUAUUUAUAUACAAUGAAUACAAUACAAAGUCAAUGUUAUUAUUUUUAAAUUAAUGAAUUAUUAUUUCUCGUGAAUGCAUAUACUUUUAACCAUUUGUAAUUUAAUAUUGAAUGCCAUACUACUGUGUUAUAUUCCUGCGAUUGCCAGGUUGUGUUAUUUGUGUACAAAAUUUUAAUCGUAGUUACCCAAAUUCUCUGUUUAUUUAAAAGAAUUUAUAUUAAAUUCUAUUUUACGAGUCUGAUUUAGUAUUUUUAAUUAUUUUAACAGAUUAUAUCAAUUUUGUUAAGUGAAAUGUGAUAACGGUAUUUAUGACGAUUUAAUAAAAUGUAUUCCAUAA